GUUCCCCUUCCUAUGGGGCUGCUGAGGUAACAACCCCGUGACAGGGAGGACCGGCCUCCGAGGGGCCACACCCUGGGCCCUGUCUGUCCUGAGGGCGCCGGGCUCUCCUCCAGCUGCACAGCCUGGACCACGGGGAGGAGACGCCAUGACCCCCACGCUCCCGGGCCUGCUCUGCCUUGGGCUGAGUGUGGGCCUGGGGACCCAGGUGCAGGCAGGGACCCUCCCCAAACCCACCCUCUGGGCUGAGCCGGGCCCUCUGGUCACCUGGAACAGCCCUGUGACCAUCUGGUGUCAGGGGGCUCUGUGGGCCCAGGAGUUCCAGCUGGUUAAAGAGGGAAGCCCAACUCCCUGGGACAGACAGACCCCACUGGAGGCUGGGGACAAGGCCAAGUUCUCCAUCCCGGACAUGAACGAGGAGUAUGCAGGGAGAUACCGCUGUUACUACAUUAACCACACUGCCUUGUCAGAGCCCAGUGGCACUCUGGAGCUGGUGGUGACAGGAGCCUAUGAGAAACCCGCCCUCUCAGCCCUGCCCAGCCCUGUGGUGGCCUCAGGAGGGAAUGUGACCCUCCAGUGUGGCUCAGGGCACGGAUAUGAGAGGUUCAUUCUGACUAAGGAAGGAGAACACAAGUCCUCCUGGACUCUGGACACACAGAGAUACCCUAAUAGGCAGACCCGGGCCCUGUUUCCUAUGGGCCCCGUGACCCCCAGCCACAGGGGGACAUUCAGAUGCUAUGGCUCUUUCAGAGACAAACCCCAGGUGUGGUCACACCCCAGUGACCCCCUGGAGCUCCUGGUGUCAGGGGGCUCUGGGAAGCCCUCCCUCCUGACCCCGCAGGGCCCUGUCAUGGUCUCUGGACAGAGCCUGACCCUCCAGUGUCGCUCUGCCAUCAGCUAUGACAGGUUCGCUCUGGCCAAGGAGGGGGCACAGGACCUCCCCCAGCGCCCUGCCUGGCAGCCUCAGGCUGGGCUCUCUCAGGCCCACUUCCCCCUGGGCCAGGUGAGCAGCCACCCUGGGGGCCGGUACAGGUACUACGGUGGACACAACCUCUCCUCCCUGUGGUCGGCUCCCAGUGACCCCCUGGACAUCCUGGUGGCAGGACGGCUCAUUGGCACAGCCUACAUCUCGGUGCAACCGGGCCCCUCGGUGGCCGCAGGACAGAACAUGACCCUGUUGUGUCGGCCAUGGGUUCCCAUGGACACUUUCCUUCUGUCCAAGGAGGGGGCGGCCCACCCCCCGCUGCGUCUUAGGUCACAGCCGGGCAGAGCUGGGCAGAGCCAGGCCCAGUUCUCCAGUCCUGUGACCUCGGCCCACGGGGGCACCUACAGGUGCUACGGCUCACGCAGCAGGGACCCCUACCUGCUGUCACAGCCCAGUCACCCCCUGGAGCUCGUGGUCUCAGGAGGCUCCCAGGAUCAGCCCCUCCCCCCCACGGACCCAGGCCCCCACAGGGGCCUCCCAUGGUACCUGAGCCUUCUGAUCGGGGUCUUGGUGGCCUUCGUCCUGCUGCUGCUCCUCCUCCUCCUCCGACACCGACACCGACACCGGGGUCAGGACAGACGCAGGAAGUCAGGGGCUGCAGACCGGGAGCCCGAGGACAGAGGCCUGCAGAACAGCUCCAGCCCAGCCGCCGACGCCCAGGACCAGAACCUCUAUGCUGCCGUGAAGGACACACAGUCUGAGGAGGGGACAGAGCUGGACCAUCUGAACGGGCAGCAUGGAGCCCCCCAGGAGCAGACCUAUGCCCAGGUCAACCACUCCAGAUCGAGAGUGAGGCGGGGGGUGGCCCUCUCUCCUUCCUCCCCAUCGGGGGCACUGCUGGACAGACCAGCCGAAGACGACAGGCAGGGGGACGGUCAGGCUGCUGUAUCUGCAGAUGCCCAGGACGUGACCUAUGCCCAGCUGAGCCACGGGACCCUCAGUCGGGGGACAACGGCACCGCCUCCCUCCCAGUCUGGGGAGCCCCCAGCAGAGCCCAGCGUGUAUGCUGCUCUUGCCAUCCGCUAGCCCCCCAAGGACCCAGACCCCGCAUUCCAGGGACUGGAUUGCAGGCACCCCAGCAGGCACGGGAGCUGCUGGCCGUGGACACCCCCUAAGGACCACCCGCCAGCCGGGACUCCUCACACGAGUCCAGGAGCUCCGGGGGCCCUCUGGGGUCACCUUCCACCCAAAGGAACUAACAACCCCACAUGUUGGAAAUAAAGCAACAGACCUCUCAACUACCAGGGAUUCGGAAAGAGAAUCGUAAAGUAUUCCAAACGAAGGUAGAAGGAGGGAAAUUAGAAUGACAAGAAUCACUACCAAGGAGGACAAGCAAAAACUGGAGGAAAAUCUAGAGAGCCAACAUGCCAUUCUUGCCAACACUGAUCACACGCUCAAACCCCAGGCACGGGAACCAAGGGUCAAGGGACGAAGGCACACGUCACCCUUGUCGGGACACUACGCAGACCCUACAGAUGGGGUUUUCUGGGGGGGUUUCUUUUCUGGCCACGCCUGCAUCAUGCAGAAGGUCCUGGACCAGGGAUCAAACCCUCACCACAACAAUGACAACGCCAGAUCCUUAACCCACUGAGCCACAAGGGAACUCCCCUGCAGUCUUAAGUAAAGAACUUUAUGGAGUUCCCACCGUGGCUCACGGAAUUAGCAGGAUCUCUGACCACUAGGAUGCAGGUUCGAUCCCCGGCCUGGCACCAGGUGUUAAG